CAUAGAUGCUAAGAGGUCAGCUUGAUCCGUCGGCCACAUACUGCGCGCUGGCACGCGGCGGUGGCGUAGAGUUACAGAGUUUCGUCUCUGAAAACCAUCGCAGGACGUGGCCGCAGUCUAUUUACCGAGGACUGGGCAAGAAAGACUAUGCUGUCGCUCAGGCACAUCCACAGAACAUGCCUUCUUCAGGCCUUUUCUACAGCGUGCCGUCACAACAGCACGCUCGUCAUCGCCGACCACAGCGGAGGCCAGAUGCUGCCGUCGACAUUGAAUGCCAUAGCCGCAGCCAAAAAGAUCGGCGGUGAGGUUGCGUGCCUCGUCAUCGGCAAGGAUGUGUCUGGUGUCGCUGCUCAAGUUGGAAAAGCUGAAGGGCUUCAGAAACUCCUCUUGGCUGAUAAUGCUGCCUUUGAUGGCCUUUUACCAGAACGCCUGACACCUGUAGUACUGGCCACAUGUAAACAGUUCAACUUCACCCACUUGAUCGGUGCAUCGACAGCAUUUUCAAAAGGUCUGCUGCCCAGGGUAGCCUCCAAACUAGAUGUCUCUCCCGUUUCCGACGUGCUGGACAUCAAGUCCCCCGACACCUUUGUUCGUUCCAUCUAUGCAGGUAAUGCUAUUCAAACAAUCAAAGCUAAGGAUCCAGUGAAAGUCCUGCUUGUUCGAGGGACCUGUUUUGAUGCUGUUGGCGUUAGCGGCUCUGGUAUCUCACCUGAAAAUGCACCGACAGCAGAGUUUGACACCAGCAAAUCUUCUUUUGAGGGGCAGGAACUCAGCAAGAGUGAGCGGCCAGAGCUCACAAGUGCCAAGAAGGUCAUUUCUGGAGGACGAGGCAUGAAGAGUGGGGAUAACUUCAAGAUGCUCUACGAUCUUGCUGACAAAAUUGGAGCAGCUGUUGGUGCCUCUCGAGCUGCUGUGGAUGCUGGCUUCGUGCCAAACGACUUGCAGGUUGGACAGACGGGCAAGAUUGUCGCUCCGGAGCUCUAUGUGGCAGUGGGCAUCUCUGGUGCCAUUCAGCACCUUGCCGGCAUGAAGGACUCCAAGACCAUCGUAGCCAUCAACAAGGAUCCAGAGGCGCCGAUCUUUCAAGUGGCCGACCUCGGCCUGGUAGCAGAUCUCUUCAAGGCCAUUCCGGAGAUGCUCAGCAAGAUAGACAACUAUGUCACCAAGUGAUAAAUGGCUACACUGUAACUAAUAAAUACAUUUUCCACUGUAUGAGUUCAGAGCUCAGCAUUUUAGAAGGCCACUUUUGUCAAAGCUUCGUUAUAGACCAUUGGGGUUGUGGCAGUAUGCCGUGCGAAGUGCGAAAGGGACCAGGGAAGGUAAACACAGUAUUGAAAAAAGGACUGUUUCGUUAGCCUUUUAAGUCCCCUUGUUCCUUUAUAAUAUGCGAGUCAUCAGAAUUGAAGUUCUCUGCACAGUUAGGUAUGCAGCCAAACUGUGUGGGCAUGUCGCAAGAGAGAGAAGUGUGAUAUGCAGCAUUUUGUUGCUUACUUUUGUGUUCGUAUUACCACGUAUGCUACAUGCAGCUGUAAGAGAGAAAGAAUGGAGCAAGUGCAUGUGUGCACCUGGCUGUCUGCAAAACAAAUGUUUAUAUAGAUGGUUGUUUUCUGAAAGUAAUCAUUUUAUAUUGCACCAAUAAAGCAUUCUGUGACUAAAACAAACAA